AGGGUCUUAAUUCAGCUGGUGGCCGCCUACUCGAAGGCGUUUGUGAUGUGGCUGGGCCCCACCAUGCCCCUUAUCAUUUUGUGCCACCCUGACAUGAUCCGGAUUAUCACCAAUGCCUCAGGUACUCAUGCAGAGCUUGUGGUGAUGGGCUGUGACACAACCCACGGCUGUCAGCCCCUCUUUCUCCAAGCUUCACGCAACACCGGCGGGUCACUGGCCUCACUUCCCCCUUCUCUCUCAGCCAUCUUCCUCUUCCCUUCUUGUGUUUGUCAAUCCCCAUCUCACUGUCUCCUUCUUCCACUGUUGUCUAAUCCCCCACCCCAACCCUGGUGUCCUGGGCACCACUGGGACCCCAAGAGACCUCAAUCCAAGGCUCAGUCCUGGAGGAACCCUCAAUCUUGAGGAGAUGGGUUGACAGUGAGGUCCUUGACCUGGUGAGGUAAGGAAUUGGCCAGAGGGACAUGGCUGUGUCAUCCCACAGACAAAUCAAGGCCUCUGCUGGGGCAGGCUGGAAGACUUCCUAGAGGAGGAAUUAUUGGAAGUGGGUAUGGAAUGACAAGCAGAAAUUUUUUUAAAGCAGAGGGCAGAGUGGUGCGAUGGACAUCAAUAGCAUCUGAGGCCCCCUGCCAGGCCUGGCCUCAGUCCCACCCAUCCCCAUCCCCAGACCAACAAGUGUUGGCAGAGUACCUGUGCUGCUUUUUCUGUGACACCCACCUCUGGUGGGUUGGUUCCUUCCACCCUAUUCUACAAUCUUGUCUGCUUCAAGUUCAUUGCUCUUCUGCUUGAGGGCCCAGGAAUCUCCUUGAUGGGACUCUACCCCAGCCUAGCUCCCUUCACUUGCUUCUGUUUCUUCUACUUCCAGACAGGCCAGGCUGAGCAGGGGAAUAAGCAGCAUCCAACAGAAACCUUAGCUUUAAUGCCCAAAUUCUGGGUGACUCUGGGAAGACACCCAGCUCUCUCUGGCUGCCAAGGUGUUUUUCAGUUGUGAGUGGUGAAAACUCAACCCUAUGUGGUCUAAUCAAAAAAAGGAAAUCUAUUUACAGUGAAGUCCAGGGAGCAUUGUCUUCAGGCAUGGCUGGAUCAAAUAACAUCAUCAAGAAUCUGUCUUCAUUGUUUCAGUUCUGUUUUCCUCUGUGAUGGCUUCACUUUCGUUCUGGUAAAGAAACUCAACCCCCAUGGGAAAGCGAGCUUAUUCCCAACAGUUCCAGGGGAAAAGUUGCAAAACUCCCUUUAAUUUUCUUGGACUGCAUCCCAGGGUCAGUUUCUCAUUUAAUCACUGUGGCUCUGAUUACCCAGUCUUGGCAAGUGUAGGUUCUCAGAGCUAUUGUUUUGGGGCUCAAAGCAGUUUGAUGGCUAAGAACUCAGGUCCUGGAAUUCUGAUGGACUUGGGCUCAGAUCUCAGGCAGGCCACUUACCAUCUGGGAGACUGGGGGCAAAUGACUUUAUCAUUCAGAGUCUCAGUUUUCUUAUAUGGAAAAUGAGGAGAGAGGAGAAUCCAGGUGAAUGUGGUGUUUGGGAUCCAAAUGGGGGAAAGACCCUUUUUGUUCCUGUAACCAAAGAGCCCCAAUUGUUGUACCAAGGGUCUGGGGAAGGAUUCCAGGAGGAGACUGAGCUGCUGGAAAGGAUGCACAGGGCUCAGGUCUGGGUCUUUGCUCUGCAGGGUCUUUCCAUCUGGCCAUCUAGAAAGACUGUGAAUGGGGUCCUUUUUGUUUCUCUUCAGAUUCAGAGCUCAGAGGAAGGUCUUCUGUACACACAAAACCUGGCAAGCACCUAUGGGGAUGUGUGCUGCUGGUGGGUGGGUCCCUGGCAUGCAGUCAUCCGAAUCUUCCACCCCACCUGCAUCAAGCCUGUGCUCUUUGCUCCAGCUGCCGUUGCACCCAAGGACGCGGUCUUCUACAGCUUCUUGAAGCCCUGGCUGGGGGAUGGGCUCCUGCUGAGUGCUGGUGACAAAUGGAGCAGCCAUCGCCGCAUGCUGACACCCGCCUUCCACUUCAACAUCCUGAAGCACUAUGUGAAGAUUUUCAAUGACAGUGUAAAUGUCAUGCAUGCCAAGUGGAAACGCCUGGUCUCAGAGGGCAGCACCCGUCUGGACAUGUUUGAGCACAUCAGCCUCAUGACCCUGGACAGUCUGCAGAAAUGUGUCUUCAGUUUUGACAGCAAUUGCCAGGAGAAGCCUAGUGAAUAUAUUGCUGCCAUCUUAGAGCUCAGUGCCCUUGUGGCAAAACGGCACCAGCAGAUCUUCCUGCACAUGGACUUCCUGUAUUACCUCACUCCAGAUGGGCAACGCUUCCGCAGAGCCUGCCGCCUGGUGCACAACUUCACAGAUGCUGUCAUCCAGGAACGGCGCCGCACUCUCCCUGAUGACGGUGUUGAUGACUUCCUCAAGGCCAAGGCUAAGGCCAAGACUUUGGACUUCAUUGAUGUGCUCCUGCUGACCAAGGACAAAGAUGGAAAACAAUUGUCAGAUGAGGAUAUCCGAGCUGAAGCUGACACCUUCAUGUUUGGGGGCCAUGACACCACGGCCAGUGGUCUCUCCUGGGUCCUGUACAACCUUGCGAAGCACCCAGAGUAUCAGGAGCGCUGUCGGCAGGAGGUGCAAGAGCUCCUGAAGGACCGUGAGCCUAAAGAGAUUGAAUGGGACGACCUGGCCCAGUUGCCUUUCCUGACCAUGUGCAUCAAGGAGAGUCUGCGGUUGCACCCCCCGGUCACAGUCGUCUCCCGCUGCUGUACCCAGGACGUCGUGCUCCCAGAUGGCCGGGUCAUCCCCAAAGGUGUUAUCUGCCUCGUUAGUAUUUUCGGGAUCCACCACAAUCCAUCCGUGUGGCCAGACCCUGAGGUAUACAAUCCUUUCCGCUUUGACCCAGAAAACAUCAAGGAAAGGUCUUCCCUGGCUUUUAUUCCCUUCUCCGCGGGACCCAGGAACUGCAUCGGGCAGACGUUCGCCCUGACCGAGAUAAAGGUGGUCCUGGCGCUCACGCUGCUGCGCUUUCGGGUCCUGCCCGACAAGGAGGAGCCGCGCAGGAAGCCGGAGCUCAUCCUGCGCGCCGAGGGCGGGCUUUGGCUGCGGGUGGAGCCGCUGAGCGCGGGCCCCCAGUGACUCGCCAGCUCCCCUUGGCUUGGGAUCCACCCCGACCCUACACACGCCCCCUGGCGGGUUCCCAGGACUAGAACUGUGUGGUCUCCUCUGCCGGAGCGCCACUGACAGCCAGCAGGGGGUGCUCGGGACCUGCGGGAACGCAGGGAGGGGUGGAGGGGUGGGAGUAGGGGUGGGGGUGGGGUGGAGGGUGUGUGAGCUCAAGACCUUGACAGCCUUUCCAGCUGACCACAGGCACGCGCCCAUGCUGAUUGCGGGUUCUCCCAAAAUCAAAUCUAUGGUCACUCCAGAUCUCCAGUGAACAGAGAAUAAAACAAAGAAAAGCAUACUAAAACUGUAAAUUUUCCCAAUAGUCUCUAAAUUCAACAACUGGUAAAGGGUCUCCAGACUGCCUGCCAGCCCUCCCUCCAUAUACCCCUGCUCCUUACACACACAUCAUAUCUCACAUCAGAGUGCUACAUUUGUUCCAAAGGAGGGACCUACAUUGACACAUCAUUAUUAUUUUGGUGUUGUGUAUUUGGUGGAUUUUGACAAAUGGAUAAUUGAAACAGGGUGCUGUCGAAAAACACCACCAAACACCGAAUAGAAGCGGGGCAAGAUUUUAUUCAUGGCCAGGCCAAACCUGAUCUCCUGAUCUUAAGGAGAAAAGUGCAGAGAAUGGCCCCGAACAAAGGUAGCAGUGAGCUUAUAUGGAUUUUAGCAAGUCAGAAUACAUCAUUAUUUGGUUAACCAGUUACAAUUUACAACAUUUCAUGGUAGCCAAUUAUAUUGUGACAUACAGACCUUAGUUUUGGUGGGAACCUAUCAAUUUAAAGUUCUUUGUCCUAAGAGGGUUUAAAAUGACCAAUCAUAGUUAGACACCUAAGAUACCAUGAGGCAGUGAGUUGGAGACUUUUUACAUGUUGGUCUUUGCCUAGGCCAGAUGUUGGUAGAAGGGAUAGGGGAGGGUUUUGUAACCUAAGUUAUCCAUUUAGCAAGCAGGCAAAGUUACCGAAGCGAGAUAGGGCGGUUAGUAAUUUCCAAUAAUCCUAAUAGGGAACUACAUAAGCUUUUAUCUCAAUUAUUCAUGAAAGGUGAGUUUAAGCCAAACUUAUACACAAUAAGCUUUCUGAUAUCUUAUAAGUUGACCUAUUACAAUAAUGACAUGUAUCCAUUAUUAUAGUAUCAUACAGAGUAGUUUACUGCCUUAAAACACCCCUGUGCUCUGCCUCUUCAUCUCUUCCUCCCCUCAGCCCCUGGCAACUACUGAUAUUUUGACUUUUUCCAUAGUUUUGCCUUUUCCAGGAUGUAUGGCAGUUGGAAUCAUAUUGUAUGUAGACUUUUCAUGCUGGCUUCUUGUACUUAGUAAUAGACAUUUAAACUUCCUUCAUGUCUUUUCUUGACUAGAUGGCUCGCUUGUUUUUAGUGCGGAAUAAUAUUCCAUUGUAGGAUGUAUUAUCUAUUCAUUCACCCACUCUGAUUUAUUUUUAAUCAGGUUCAUGUGUUAUUAAACCAAAAUAAAUAUUUAAAUGUAAUAUAAUAUCAAAUACAAAGAUAUGGAAAAGAGAAAGGAAACCAAAUAAAAACGAAACCCUCAGGGCACCAA